CCUCUAACUUAAUUUAGCAUCUAUCGAUAAAGCUAUCAAACUCACUCAUUAGAAAAUGCCUUCCAAGAGGCUUGAAUGGAAAUCCUUAGUACUUGGUUGUUUCAAGGCCAAAACCCCAUCCUUGGAAUCUCCAAAUAUAGUUUCCAAGAAGACAUCUUCAAGUAGAAUCUUCCUCUCUGAUUUGAGUGAUUACUCAUCACUCUCUAUUAUGAGUGAUUUAUCCAAUUCCCUUGUGGGAUCAAAUCUUCAUAUUUUCACUUACCAAGAGCUAAAAGAGAUUACACAUGGCUUCAGCAAAAUCAACAUUCUUGGGGAAGGGGGGUUUGGGAAGGUGUAUAAAGGAUUUAUAGAUGACAAUCUUAGGCCUGGAUUGAAAGCCAAGACUGUGGCAGUUAAGGCCUUAAACUUGGAUGGUAAACAAGGCCACAGAGAGUGGUUGGCUGAAGUAGUCUUUCUGGGGCAGUUGAAGCAUCGUCAUCUGGUAAACUUAAUUGGCUACUGCUGCGAAGAUGAACAUAGGCUUCUUGUGUAUGAAUACAUGGAGAGAGGCAAUCUAGAGGAAAAACUUUUCAAAGGUUAUGUAGCAGCUUUGCCUUGGCUAACAAGAAUCAAAAUAGCAAUUGGGGCAGCCAAGGGACUAAUGUUUCUUCAUGAAGAAGAGAAACCUGUCAUAUAUAGAGAUGUCAAGGCCUCAAACAUUCUAUUGGAUGCUGAUUACAAUGCCAAGCUCUCAGAUUUCGGCUUAGCAAUAGAUGGACCAGAAAAAGAUCAAACAUAUAUCACAACUAAUGUAAUGGGUACACAUGGUUAUGCUGCUCCAGAGUACAUCAUGACAGGCCAUUUGACAACCAUGAGUGAUGUAUAUAGCUUUGGAGUUGUUCUCUUAGAGCUUCUCACAGGAAAGAAAUCUGUGGACAAAAAACGACCCACCAGAGAGCAGGAUUUGGUGGAAUGGGCAAGGCCUUUGUUGAAGGACUCCCACAAACUUGAAAGAAUAAUUGACACAAGACUUGAGGACCAGUACUCAACAGAAGGGGCUAGAAAGUUUGCAUCUUUGGCUUAUCAAUGCCUUAGUCCUCAUGCAAAGUGUAGGCCCACCAUGCGAACCGUGGUUAAAACCUUAGAGCCUCUGUUGCAAUUGAAAGAUAUCCCAGUUGGGCCUUUUGUGUAUGUGGUGCCCAGUGAUGAAGAUUUGCUCAAAGUGAAUGAAAAAGGAAAAGAAAAUGACUGUGAUGAGAUCAACCAAGGUGAGUUAAAAGCCAAAGAAGAAGAAAAGGUUGAGAAAAAAGAGAAGGGUCACCAAAGGCAACGAAAAAGUCGUCGCAAUAGACGUAGGGUUAAGCCAUUGAGGUCUAGGGCUGUUUACUCUGACACUGCUCUGUAUAAAACUCUUGGUACCAAUCUGUAUUCUCCCAAACAAGCACCAUAAGGUGGACAUGGAUCGGUAUUAUACUAUGUUAGCAUGAUUCAUCUCCAAUUCUUCAAGAUGCAAUCAUAGCUAUAGGUAGAUAGAGAGAAAACACUAAGGUUAAUUCCUUGUAUAUUUACCAUAAAGUUCUCAAAUGAUGUAAAUAAUUGGUUAAAAAUAUGUUGAGGGAUUUCUUAAAAAAUCAAUGUGAGAACUUGAUGGUAAAAAUAUAAGGGAAUUAGAUGAAGGUUUUGGUAUGAAAAACGUCAUAGGAGGGGAAAGGGAAAUGUAUUGUACGUCAUACAGGCAUACAGUUUAGUUGAUUUUUUUUUUGUGUA